AAAAACUUUAGAAGGUUGGUGGAAGAUUUUUUUGUUUUCAGUUGAGGACUCCAAACUUCCAAAAUCUCAGGCAAGGACUCUUUUUCAUAUAAUAUAAAUAGCUACGACGUUAACAACCUUCUUCAAUAUCCAUUGCAAAAACAUCUUUGUUUCGUCCCUUUUAUUUUUCAUAAAUUUCUGUAUAGAGUCCUUGUUUAUUUGAUUUUUUUCGACUUUAGAAGCGAAAAAAAUGACUAUCCUCAUUGACCAGCCUGUGAUUGGUUCACAUCUUGAGAACAAGAAAGUUGAUGAAAUAAAUGAGUUGGUGUUGGAUGGUGGGUUUGUUGUUCCUAAUGGUGAAAAUGCUGUAUCAGAACUUGUCUCAAACAAUGAAUUUGUUGCCCCUGAAAUCAACUCAUUUGGUCACUCUUUCAGAGACUAUGAUGCUGAAAAUGAGAGGCAAAAAACUGUGGAGGAGUUCUACCGCUUGAACCACAUUAAUCAAACUUAUGACUUCGUGAAGAAAAUGAGAGAGGAGUAUGGAAAGUUGAACAGGGUUGAAAUGAGUAUAUGGGAAUGUUGUGAACUUCUUAAUGAGGUUGUUGAUGAUAGUGAUCCUGAUUUGGAUGAACCCCAAAUUGAACACUUGUUGCAAACUGCUGAAGCCAUCAGAAAAGACUACCCUGAUGAAGAUUGGCUCCACUUGACAGCCCUUAUUCAUGACCUUGGAAAGGUUCUGCUUCUCCCUGUUUUUGGGGAACUUCCUCAAUGGGCUGUUGUUGGUGACACUCAUCCUCUGGGGUGUGCUUUUGAUGAAUCUAUUGUCCACCACAAGUAUUUCAAGGAGAACCCAGAUACCUAUAAUCAUGAAUUCAAUUCAAAGAAUGGAAUUUAUUCCGAAGGGUGUGGAUUAGAUAAUGUAAUGAUAUCAUGGGGACACGAUGACUACAUGUAUUUGGUGGCCAAAGAAAAUGGGACUACUUUGCCUCAAGCUGGAUUAUUCAUUGUCAGAUACCACUCAUUCUAUCCUUUACAUAGGUGUGGAGCCUAUAAACAAUUCAUGAAUAAGGAGGAUAAAGAAAACUUGAAGUGGCUUCAUAUUUUCAACAAGUACGAUCUCUACAGCAAAAGCAAAGUUAGAGUGGAUGUAGAGAAAGUGAAACCAUAUUAUUUAUCACUCAUUGAAAAGUAUUUCCCAGCAAAACUGAGAUGGUAGAGACUUAAUGGAGAAUGCGGCAGUAUUGGAAAGACUACUUGGGAUCAAACUUCAUUUGUUUAUAAAUAAAUAAAUAAAUAUUAUUGUGGAAGGACGGUUUCUUUGGGCUACAUAAUACAGAGUUUUACUUGUUUCGAAAUUAAUAUUGUAUUAAUGUGUUGAAAAUUAUAAUAUAAUAUGAUUAAUUUUUAUUCAGCAA